CGGCAACCGGCGGCAGUCGCUUCCGUCGCGUCCGCCCAGCAAGUACUGUCGCGACACGGCGUAAACCGCUGUUAUAUUUAUUUUUUCAAUAUUGUUAUUUUUCAUUCCGUUUCGCGCGGUGCCGUCCGUCAGUGUGUAUUUGUUAUUCGUCCGCGAUCGCAUUCACGACGCUCGCUUGUUCGCCACACCGGUCGACGGUUAUAAUAUUUUAUUAUUAUAAAAUAUAAUAUUAAUAUUAUUAUCGAACGAUAUUAAUAUUUUUCCGUCUCCGAUACGCGACGACGAUUUCUAACUUAUUGUUAUUGACAUUUUAUUUUUAAAUAUUAAUUGAUCGACGACGGGGCAGUUUCACUCGCAGGUCGAGGAAAAACAAAACGUUUUUACGAUUUUUUUUCUAUUCGUACGUGAGCGCCACAACACAUGGAUAACGCUCCCUCCUGAACGCCGCCGACAGCCCGCGCGCCGCACACAGAUCAAUCGUUGAGAAAUGGUAGCGGACACGGCCAACAGUUAUCAUCAUCAACAGAAAACUCAGCAGCAGCAGCCGCAGCAACUAAACCAACACCAGCAUCAGCAACAGCAACAGCACCACCAUCAGCAACAGCAACAAAAACUCCACCAGCAACAGCAGCAGCAACUUCACCAAAUCCACCUGCAACGCCAACAACAACAACAGCAGGAGCAAAACAGUGGCGGAGCCAUGCCACAGUAUUGUAGCGACAUGGAACAGUCGGGCGGUCCGGGGAGCAUGAGGUACGACGAUUCGGUAUCACCCGGACCAGAAUCGCCAGGACCUGGUGAACCGUACCCACCCGGUUUCGACCUCACCGCGCACCUGCAGCACAAGGAGUUCUUUGCGCAGCGCAAGCAGCGUGAGUUUAUACCGGAUAAUAAGAAAGAUGAGAGCUACUGGGACCGAAGGAGGCGCAAUAACGAGGCGGCCAAACGGUCCCGCGAAAAGAGACGUUUCAACGACAUGAUCCUCGAACAGCGGGUGGUCGAACUCAGCAAGGAGAACCACGUGCUCAAAGCCCAACUUUCAGCCAUUAAGGACAAGUUCGGAAUCAGUGGCGAGGCUGUGGUCAGCGUUGAACAGGUUAUGGCUUCUCUGCCUACAAACGAACAAGUGUUGAGCAUCACGAAACGCCCGAAAUUGUCCACAUCGUCUUCAUCGUCGUCGGUGGGUUACUCACAGAACGGGUCCGGCCCCAUACCCACAUCGGUCAUCCACCAGCCCGUGCAGUCGACCACGCCCAAAAUGAACGGCUCGUACUAUGGCGGUGCACAGUCCGACUGCGACAGCCCUGUCGACCAACACCAACUCCAGCAACAACAGCAGCAACAGCAACAACACCAGCACCAGCAGCAGCAGGGUGACCGAAACCUGCCGAUGUCCGUGGCCGCCGCAGCCGUGGCCGCCGCGGCUCAGGCCGGGUACCCACCGUACCCGUUUGCGCCAGUCCUGCCACCACUGCAGCCGCCGUCCUUCGAGGCGGCCGCCAACAGCGUGCUGAACCUCAGCCGCCGGCCACCGUCCCCGUACGAGCUGAGCAGCGGAAGUGGUGACGACACGUCGUCGUCUUGCGUGCCCAUAUCGCUGGCAUUCGUGGCCGCGGCUGCUGCCGCAGCGGCCGGUGGAGUCGUCGGACCGGGCGGCUCGUUGGUCGGAAACAACAACAACCAGAAUAACAACAAUCACCACCAUCAGCACCGACACCGGCACCACUUCAACGGAAAUGGCAUGAUGGCCAUGAUGACCGGUGGUGGCGGCGGAGGUAUACCGAUCGCGGUCCUAAACAACAAUAACAACAACGUCUCCAUGGUCCACGGCAACGACAACAACGCUGCAGGCAUCAUCGGCGGCGUCAACGGCAACAACAUCGCUGCGAUCGUCAACAGUGGCAGUGGAGGCAACGGCGGUGGCAACUGUCUGCCACACAAACUCCGUCACAAGACGCACUUGGGAGAUAAGGACGUGGCGGCCACAGCGUUGCUGUCACUGCAGGCCAUCAAGCAGGAACCCGGAAGCAGCCGGGCCAGUCCACCGUGGGAUGCGGAGGGAAGUAGCGACGAGCGUGACUCUGGCAUUAGCCUGGGCGUCGAAUGGGGCGUCCGGCCUUCGUCCGCUUCGGUAGCCGCGUGCCCGACGGUCGCCUCGGUGGCCGCGCCCCGAGCCGCCGCCAUGCAGUCACCGGCCGCCGCCACGAUGGGUGGCGAGCCGGCCGACGGUGCAGUGCACGCGACUGCCCCGACGGCCGCGGCCGCUGCUGACGACACCAGACUCAAGUCCGAAGUGGCCCGGCUAGCGUCCGAAGUGGCCACCCUCAAGAACAUGCUGUCGUCCAGGAAGGCGGCCACCGCGGCACCGGCCCAGUCCACCACCGUUGCGGUCAACUAAUCGCGGCGGCAGGCUAUGACGACGAAUACAAUAAUUUUGUUAUUCGUUAUCGCGAUCCACAGGUAUUUUGUUUGUUAUACGUUCGCACGCGAAUCCAUACAUAGGUAAAUUAUUUUUUUUUUUUUUUUUAUGAAAAUUAUUUUUAUUAUUAUUAUUAUUAUUUUUAUUAUUAUUAUCAUCAUUAUUAUUAUUAUUAAAAGCUAUGGUAGUUUUGACGAUGUUUCGUAAAUCAAUCGAACACGUUUUCGUCGCCCACCGAAUGUCUUAUUAUAAAAUCAUAAUGAUAUGUGUGUAAUGUAAAAUAGAUGAUAUUAUUAUAAUGUUAUUAUUGUUAUAAUAAUGUAACUCGAAAAAAUAAUUAUUGUUUUUUUUUUUGCUUUUUGAACGACGAGCGUACCUCGAGGGGUUACUUGUAGGGGGUGGGUGAGUUAAAUCAUAAACGCUGCGUAAAAAUCUUAAGACGAAUUUUUUCCUUCGUCCAUCAGUGCAAGCGUUCGUCGGAUAAUUUAUUAUAAUUAAGUGUAAAUAAACUUGUAACAAUAAUACAUAUUAUACGUAUUAAAUACGUACGGGGCGGUUAUUGUGUCUGUUUAUAUAUAAUAUGAAAAAUAUGAUAAUAUAAUUCAUAUGUUUUUCAUAUGAUAUAACGGCGACACAAACUCCAAAUUUCGCGCCACACUUGCAGUGAACCGCGAACGUGAGAGAAUCGCCCUGUACGUACACUAUAUAUAAUAUAUAUGUAUAUUAUAUUGGUGUAUAUGUGUGUGUGUGUGUUUGUAGUUAAGUUAAGUUGUUAAGUAUAAAAUAUAUAAUGCAAUUUGUUUUUUAAUAUAUACGUUACGCCAAAAACAUUCUAACGGACGGGGACAAUAUGGCAGGCGAGGAUGUUGCUAUUUAGCUAAAUGUUAUUAUUUCUUUAGUCGUGUGUGCGGUGUGCCGCAUAUGCGAAAGCGACCGACCGCGGUGUAUUAUAGUUGGGUAGACCUAACCUAUAGGACGCCUAUCUGCAAU